CUGGAUAGUUAUGGCUCCCUUAACCCCACUGCUACGUUCUCUUGUUCUUCUACGUAGAUCAGCUGUUUUUCAAAAACGUUAUAUGUCAGCAAUGUCUAGCCUUCUUAUUGAUGACCCUAAAUAUUCGUGGCUAAAAGAGUUAGGGUUGUCAAGCGUCAAUCAAGGUGUUUAUCAUGGUAAAUGGGAAGGCGCUGGUGAGGUAAAGAAUUAAGACUUAACUUAAGACUUAAGUCAAUAAAUCAUGAGUUUUAGUUUUAGUUUACUAAAAUGUAGAAAUCCUGACUAUAUUUCACUAUAUUCUAACUAUAUUAUAUAUUACUAAAGACUAAAGGGUCGUUCGCAAAUUACGUCACGCAAAAUAUGACUUUUUCAGAUCCUCCCUCACCCCCUGUCACAAAUUCUUUACCACCACCCCCACCCCUUUUUAGUGUCAGGAGUCACAUCACACCUAAAUAUCAUACAUUUACAUAAAAUUUUCAUAAAUAAACUAAGAUUUUAUUUUAUUCUUCAACAUUUUCCCAUUAAUAAUUAAUGGCUGUAGAUGUAGUAUUAUUAGAAAACUGGUCUAAUUUGGAGAGAGCACCCUGACGUCAUUUGCAUGUUUUGUCACUGGUUCCGAUAGGGUCAAAACCUAGGUUAGGGAUAAAUUUAAGGUUCAGAUGAGGUUUAGGGAUAGAUUAAUGGUUCAUUUAGGGAUACAUUUAGGACAUAAGUUCACGAGUCGCGGCAAUCACGAAUGGUGGCCAUGGUGCUAUCUCUCCAGAUUUACCGAAAACUGUGACAUAAAAUGCAAAACAACAAAGUCAUCCCCGCGCCUAAUGUAACAAAAGGCCACACCUGUUUUUGCGUCAUUUUUCUAUAUGCGCAGAAGGUGUCACGACUGAGUUUCACGGUACUUAUUACACCUGAGGCAAUUUUGUCCUCAAAUUAAUGUUUUUAAAAUUAAUUGAAUACAGAUUUUUAAAAAUUAGAAAAUUUUUAUUUAAAAAAAAUAAAUAAAAUAUUGUGACAUUACACAUUUUUUACCCCUCCCCCUGUCUCAAAGUGUCACAAAUUCUCGACCCCUCCCCCUUCAGCGUGACGUAAUUUUUGAACGACCCCUAAUUUCAUAUAUAUUAUUAUAAUAUAAUCAAGAAUGGCUAUUGACUUGAAUACAAAAAAUUGAAAAAUACUUAAAAUAGUUUUAAGUUGUUAUGGCUUUGGUUUCAGCCUGCCUCAGGUCUAUCUAUACUAAAUUAAGUAUUUAAUUUUAAACCAUUAUUACUUUAGGGUCAUCCAUAAAUGACAUCACCCAAAUGUUUUCAAUUCCCCCCCCCUCCCACUUUUUCUCCCCAUCAUCAAAAUAAAGGUUAAACCCCCCCCCCUCCCCCCUUUCCAAUAUAACAUCACAAACCUACUCUGCACCACCCCAAAUAAAUAUACAUUCCAAAUGUUUUCAAUUCCCCCCCCCUCCCCCUUUUUCUCCCCAUCAUCAAAAUAAAGGUUAAACCCCCCCCCCUCCCCCCUUUCCAAUAUAACAUCACAAACCUACUCUGCACCACCCCAAAUAAAUAUACAUCUGUCCUUUACAAAUCCUUACAAAAAUCACCUCCUAAGGCCAUGAAUAUUGAAAUACUGCAGUGUGUCAGAAACAUAUUCCUAGAACUAGAACAGUGGUUCUUAAACAAGGGUGUAAGUGUUGAAGACUCAGAAAAUAAAUUUCAUUUGCACGCCAUUUCUAGUUGUUUCUGCCAGCAAUAACUUUUUUUUCCUGUUGAAUUUCGUUUGUGUGUUGUUGGCAUUGGUAAUAUUUGUCUUGUAUCUAGAAAGUUAAUCUAACAAAUAAAACACCAAUAAGUAAAUAAUUUAAUUACUUUUAUUUCUUAAAUUUUAUUCCAGGUACUAUUUAUUUUAUAGUGGGAUGGGAGGUUGUGGGAAAUGUUUAGAAGUUGAGAGGGGAUGCAGCACUAUCAAAAAUCUAAGAAUCCCUGGCUUAAAACAUGUACUAAAAUCACCCCCCCCCCCCCCCCCCAACAUUUUUUUUUAAAACCCCCCCCCCCCCCCCCGUCCAACAUUUUUUGUUCCAUCUCACUUCCAGUGGUAGCGACAAUUCUAUUUGUGGGUGAAUAACCAGGAUCUCGAGAAAUGCAUUGCUGAGAACAAAUAUGCUUUAUAGCUAAAUUUAGUUGCUUUUUUAAGAUUUUAAAAAUAACUGAAUGAGCCAGUUACUUUGGUCCCAAAAUGAGGUACCAAUAAGUAUUAUUAAUAAUUGCCACUAUUGAAGUAUGUGUAUGUAUAAAUAUAUAGGUUGACCAUCUCUUAUGCCAACUUAUGUUUUAACAUCAUUAAAAAAUAAUUCACUUAUAAUAGUUAUUGUUUUAUUAUUUAUGUUUUAAAAAUGUGUUUUAUUUUCAGAAAAUUACUUCAGUUUCUCCUGCCAACAAUAGGCCAAUUGCUGAUGUAAUUACUGUGAGUGUGAACUUAUUUAUAUAAAAAGUGUAUUUUAAUUAAGUUAGUGUCUGGACAACAAUUUUAAAAUUAACUUGUAAGUGCAUAAAUUAUAUUUUAUAUGUACACACAAUGUUUUAGAAUAUCUUUCUACACGAUAAAAAUAAUUUCUACAUAUAUUACAUGAUACUUCUGAUAAUUCUACUAUAUAUAUAAUAUACUCCACAUUUCAGGGAAAUGCAUCAGAUUAUGAAACUGCUAUAAAAGCAACAAGAAAUGCAUGGGAACUUUGGGCAGAUGUAAUUAUUUUUUACCUCUUAAAUAUUAAUGACUGAAAAUGUAUAAAAGACAAAAGAUUUUUUUUAAAGUCACAGUUUAUAUGCUGCAUUGUAUGAUUAUGGAAGUAUUUAAGUAGUAAAUAUAUUUUUGCUAUGUCAUGAAUCACUUUAAUAUCACAGCUAUGAUUUUACAAGAGAAUUUAAACUUCAUUGAUUGAACCAUAUGAGAUUUACCUUAAACUAUUUUUAUUCUUUAUGGUUUAUGUUUUUCAUUAGAUCCCUGGACCUCAAAGAGGUGAAAUUGUAAGACAAAUUGGUGAUGCACUCAGACAGAAAAAGCAAUUCCUCGGAAAGUUGGUCAGUUUAUUUUUUAUUGUUUUUUUUUUAUUGCAUGUACUGGUAUGUAUUUAAUAUUGACACAUCAACAUGAAUGGGAAUCAGUAAUGAAUGGAAUUUGAGUUUUAAUUUUUUCUCAAUAUUUUAAUAUUCUUGCUUAAUGCAUCAUUUAAAACUGUUAAUAUGCAUUCAUGUCAUCUUAAAUCUAAUAACAAAAUCUAGCAGAAUAAAUGUUGAAAAAUUCCCCUCAUUAUGUUUCUUUGUACAUUUAUUUCAAAAUUUGUAGGCAGAUGAAGUCAUUUAAUGAAGCCUUUCAGCCUUUUUUCUGAUUUAAUUAUUAAAUGAUGAAAUUUUUAAUUUAGAAUAAUAUUUGAAUACAUUAUAAUAAUUUCAUGCAUGAUCAUAAAGUGUCCAUGUUAUCAAUUUUGUAUAUUAAAGAUUUCUCUGGAAAUGGGAAAGAUCUUAGCAGAAGGAGAAGGGGAAGUACAGGAAUACAUUGAUGUGUGUGAUUAUGCUGUUGGCCUAUCUCGAAUGUUUGCUGGACAUAUAUUCCCUUCUGAGCGUAAGUGAAUGGUAAUUGUUUAAAUAAAAGUCAAAUUAAAUCUCCUACUUGUGAUUUUUUUAUUUUUUUUUUCAAAAAGAUAGCUGUCAAAAAUUUAGAGUGCCUCAAGGGAAUUUUUUCCAAAAUGUUCUUUUUACUACCAGGAUAGGCAAUUAAAUGGUAUAUAAAAUAACAAUGAUUUACUCACUAAAGACUUUCAGAAUGUGUUUAGCUAGAAAUUUCUGAAUUUAAAUGAUUCAAUAAGGAACAUUUACAUUUCCCUUCCUUGUUUUUAGAUUAGAAAGUAAUUAUUCUUUAAAUAUAAAGGAGAUUAUGUAUGUAUGCAUAUUUUAACCAUGUUAUUAUAUUUCUGAUAAAAUAUAAAUAACAGAUGGGAAACCAUCUUCAAAUUUCUCCAUUGAUUUACUUCUUAGGUCCUGGUCACAUGUUGUUAGAGCAGUGGAAUCCACUGGGUGUUGUGGGAGUGAUCACAGCCUUCAACUUCCCUUGUGCUGUCUAUGGAUGGAAUUCAGCUAUUGCCAUGAUUUGUGGUAAUACAAUGUUAUGGUAAAUAUUUAUCAAGGCUCUGCAUACUGUUAUUUGACUUCCCAAGUGAAAUUGGUUUAAAAUAAGAAGGUAAAGGUAUUUUUAUUUUUGUCUUCAACUUUUUUUUUUUAAAUCAAACCCACAAAAUGAGCAUUUAGUAUUAAUAAAAAAUUAAAGGAGACAACUAUUUUAUUGCAGGAAAGGAGCACCUUCAACUCCCCUUGUCAGCGUAGCUGUUACUAAGUAAGAAAACUAUUAUUAUUUUUAUUUUCUAGUCUGUUUUUUUUUCCAGAAAAAGAUAUGCUGUCUAUGUAUUUUGCAAUAAUUCAUCUUUCCAUUUACUUUUGAUUCCUCAAAAAAUGUUUGAAGUAUUUACUAUUGUAUCCCUGUUACUGAGUGAAAUGAAAUAUAUCUUAAUUUUGCUUAAAUUAUAACCUUAAACACUAUGAUUAAGUUAUUUGCUAAUCCACUCUAUGAUUAAGAUAUCUGCUUUAAAAAAAAAUAUUUUUUUUAAAUUGACUAUCAUCAGAGUAAUUAGUUCAGUUCUGGAAAAGAAUAAAAUUCCUGGAGCAGUGUGCUCUCUUGUUAGUGGAGGUGAAGACAUUGGGUAAGUUUUUAAAAUGCUGUCUACUAUAAAAGAUUCACUAUUCUCUAUUACUGUACAUGUUUUCUCAAUAUUGUAUUUACUUAAAAUGUUUUUUAAAUCUAGAGGCAAUUCGCUAGUUGUUUUUUUUAAAAACUAAACCUAAACUUUGACUGUCUGGGUACUGCAUCUUAAAAUUUACUUUCCACAUGAGCCUUUUUUUUUUUUAGAAUCCAUUAUUAUUUAGCUGAAAUUUGGAUAUCUAGUUCAUUGUUCAUCAUCAUUUUAGAAUAUAAUACAUUUAUUGAGCUGACCAUAGACUGGGUACCAAAAUCUGUAGAUCUUCUCAGUUUAUGGGAGGAAAAGGUUUUUUUCCAAAAAAAUUGCACAAAGAUAAUUUAAAAAAGAAUUAAAUAUUUCCUGAAUUGAAUUUUUCUAGAAUUAAAAAAAAAUUAUGUCUUAUAAUAUGUAGAAAUAAUAAUAAUUUUCUUUAAUUAUUUUAGGAAACUAAUAGCUACUGAUGAGAGAGUUAAUCUAGUAUCUUUCACUGGAAGCACACCUGUAAGUUAAUUUUUUUUAAAUUUAGUUUUCUUUCUUCAAUUUCAAAAAUUUGUAGUAAAUAUGUUAGUAAUUCAAAUAUGAACUCUGAACCUUGUCCACAUAAUAAUGUGCUUGACGUUUUGCUGGGAGCCUACAAUAUUAGGAUGGGUUGGCUGUCGUAUAUUUCUUUUAAGUUUGCAGUUAGCUCUUUGCAAGGCCUACUAAUUUAGUCAUUCUUUGCUUAAGAAAUUAACGGUUUACUUAUCAAGAAUGUCUGAUAACUACAGAACUUACUAAUUUAUGGGAUUUUUUAAAUGAUUUUGCUGGGGGGUUUUUUGGGGUGUUUUUUUUUAAUGAUUUUGAAUUGUGUACUUUUUCCCAUUAUCCAGAAGUUUACUUUUUGUUCAUAACUACUAUUUUAUAAAACUUUUUCAGAUAGGACUAAAAGUUUCUCUGAGCGUUCAAGAACGCUUUGGUAUGAAAUUUUACUUUACAAAUAAGAUGUCUAAAAUUUAACCAUUUUCCCAGCUAUGCCAAUACAUUAGAUUUUAGUCAGAACUCAUUGGAUUGACCUUAGUGAUAAUUAGUUUUUUGUUUUUAUUCAGUUUUGUGUGGGGUUUUUUAUUUUCACUUUUAAGCUCUUCUUUAGUAAUGGAAAAACGUUUGAAUAAUAAUUUAUUGGAAAAAUAAUAACUUGUCCAAUGUAUAAAAUAUUUGUAUUUAAUAGGGAAGUGAGAAAUUUGUGAAGACAUUCCCAUUCUAUUAAAAGCAGUUGGCAAAGCGUAAAUAAUAGACAUUGGUCUAUGUAAUUUAUCUAGACGUUUAAAAUAUUCUUCUUGUAAAUACUAGCUAUAAUUUGAGUUUAUUGUUUAUUUGUUUUACAUUGUGAAAGUAAAUCAGUAAUUAAAACAUUUUUAAAGUUUGAAAAUCUGGAAAACAUUGUUAGCAUCCAUUUAAAAUUUUUACUUUCCAGGAAAAUUUCUGUUGGAACUAGGUGGGAACAAUGCAAUUGUUGGUAAGAUUAUUUUUUUUUUGCAUAUUUUUUUUUUUUUAAAUUACAUUUCACAUUGAUAUGAGAAUACACUCAGUUUAGUAAGCUAUAAUUAUAUUCCUAUUUUCAAUACAAUUUUUUCAGUGAAUGAGGAUGCUGACCUGGACAUGGUGGUUAGGUCAGCGGUAUUUGCCUGUGCAGGUACAGCAGGACAAAGAUGUACCACAACAAGGAGACUGGUUUGUUGACAUCCACUCAUUUUGUAUAUCAGAAAUGUGCCUUAACUUGCUUAACCCACUGAAACAGAGGGAACAUGUGUUAACCAGGCUUAUUAAAAAAGAAUCUCUUACUAUAAUAGUCAACUCUAUUACCUAAAAAUAUUAACAUUGUUUGUUUCAAACUUAAUGUGACUGCCCAAUUAUUUUUGUCUAUAAUUUAUGACAUACUUACAGACACCCCCCCCCCCUUUUUCCCCCAAAAUCCUUCUCCUUUACCUAGUUCAGUGUUUGGCUAAUUGUGGCUCAUGAGUCUCAUGUGCCUCUUAAGCGACCUGAGUGCGGCUCGGUCAGGCGGCCACAAAUCGGUUUUGUUUCCGAAAAGCAUGGUUCUGGACAUGUUCUUGAAAAGAAAUUUGGCUCUCAAAAAUUUUUUAAUCGUCCUGCUGCUGAUUUUUGGCUCUUUUGACUACUAAGUUUGUCGACCACUUACCUAGAUUACAGCCAACUAGUGUUUUUUGACAAUGUCAAUCUUGGAGCCAUUAAUAACUUUAAAUGUUCAAUAUUCCAUUAUAUUUAAAUAUGAUUAUGACAUUAUUUUUGCAGGUUAUUCUCAACAUUCAAAGCUUAAAUCUUUUACUUAAAAAUUUCAGAUUUUACAUGAAAAAGUACAUGAUGUUGUUGUUGAAAAAUUAUCCAAAGCCUAUGCUCAGUUGAGGAUCGGAGAUCCUAUAGACGGUCAGUUUAGCAAUGAUUUGAUGCUAGAUUCUUUUUGCAGUAUAUGUUAACCUAUGAUGUAAAAAUGUAUUGUUGCUAUUUUAAAAAUGAAAUUAAAAAUUUUCAGAAGGUACCUUGUAUGGCCCCCUUCACAACAAAGCCGCUGUUGAGCAUUAUGUAAAAGCUCUUGAGGAAGCUAAAGCUCAAGGAGGGAAAAUUGUUUAUGGUGGAAAGGUUUAUCUUUAUAUUUUCUUGAAAAAAUUCAUUUUAAAGUAGAUUAGUAAAAAAAAUGUUAAAACAGUACCACAAAAUUUAUAAAUGAAUCCUUUUUUUUUUUUUUUUUUUUUUUUUUUUUUUUUUUUUUAAAGUUUUUUUUUUAGUUUUUUUUAGUAAAAAAAAAAUAAGUUCUUAACCACUGUAGGAAAAGCUACUAGCAACUUUUUAUGUUUCAGGUACUCGAUAGACCAGGCAAUUUUGUAGAACCAACAAUUGUCACUGGCCUUGCUCAUGAUGCUGGUAUUGUUAUGAAGGAAACUUUUGUGCCUAUUGUCUAUGUACUUAAAUGUAAGGUAAGUGACAUCACUUUAACCAUUUUAUAUGUAUACCGAUGGAUUGAUGAUAUUAAUAGUUUUAUGUAAGAACAUUUUUAAACAGAAAGUUUGAAAUGAUUACUUGCUGGGAUUAAUUGCAUCAAAAUAAAAACAUAAAUGAACAAUUAAAAACCAAAAUUCAACCAUGCUGAUAAGUUAUCUGGACAUUCAGUUCAUCCCUGUUAACAUUUUUUUCUGUAAAAAUGUAUUCAUAAGCCUCAUCGUAAAAUCACUUUUCUUAGUGAGUGAGUUAAAUAUUUAGGAACAUUAACCCAAGAUCAAUUUUUAUUCAUCUUUUAAUCUUCAAGAAUGUAGAUGAAGCUGUGAGAUGGAAUAAUGAAGCCAAGCAAGGUCUCUCUAGCAGUCUCUUUACUAAAGACCUCAGCACAAUUCAUAAAUGGAUUGGGUAAGGCUAUUUAAAUUCCCAUGCUACACAUUUGGUAGUCAUUGGAAAAUGCAUUAAUCAUUACCAGCUAAGCUGUCUAGUCAGCAACUCUUGAAGUGACCUGUGACGCAUAGUUUUAAUAAACGCACCAGGAACAAUUAUGGAAGCAAAAAGAUUUCUUCAAGAAUUUUUACCUUUAACGGAAAUUACACAGCUUUAAACUAAUUGUAUUGUUAGCCAUUCAAACUAUAGAUAUGUAUAUAGUUAGAUAGAUACUGAUGAAUGCAUUAUCUUAGUUUUCAUCAAGGGUUCUCAAAAUUUUUAAUCAGGGGAUCGGUUCACUGUCUUAAGACUCUGGAGGCUGGUUUACUGUCCUUCAAACACUGUUGGGGGCUGAACUAGAAUUGAAAAUUCUAAAGAUAUCUUACUUGUCUUGGAAAAAUAAACAGGAACAAACAACACAAUAAAUGAUGAACAAUUUUAACAACAGAAACUUUUUAGUAAAUGAAUGGGAAGUAUGAGCCUGCUUUUCACUACAUAGAUCAAGGGUGUCAAACUCAAUCGCUAGGCGGGUCAAAACUCAAAUCACAUGUAAGGUUGCGGGCCGAACAGGAUAAACAUUCAAUAAGCGGAUAAUUAAUCUUUUUUUUAAAAACAUUUUUAUAAAUGUAAACAGAAAAAAGUUUUAAUCAUUAAAAAUAAUUGGCGUACACAUUUUCCUGGCCACAAAAACAAUAUAGUUCAUUUUUGUUGGGAGAAACUUUCUGUGUCAUUGAGAUUCUCAUGAUGGACUGCAAGUGUUCAUCAGUGAGACGAUUCCUGUGUGAUGUUUUGUUAAUCUUUAUCACAGAAAACAGCUGCUCACUCAUAAAUGCGCUACCCAAUAUGCUUAAAGUUUGAGUUCCAUGUAGUCGAAGCUGGGGCAUCUCUUCAGGAAUGAAACGAGUGAACUGUGCAGGCCCAACUGUGUCGUACUUUACCUUUAGUGUCCCAUUACACUGCAGCUUUAUUUGCUCCAUCUGCAAAUUUGCAUGUGCAGUUUUCACGUCUAUGACAAAUGGAUUACGAUACAGCUCGAUAUUACAUUUCUGUGCUUCAAAGUCACUAAUGUGCCUUGCGAACUCUGCGCGAAGUAAGCUAUGUUUUCAGCAAAGUGUGCAUUGGGAAACACCUUAGCGUUGACUUGGAUAUAAUUGUACACCGGUCAAGACCUCCCGGGCCUGAUAUAAUUGUACGGCGGGCCGGAUGUGGCCCGUGGGCCUUGAGUUUGACACAUGUGAUAUAGAUGGUCAGUAAACUGUUCCAUAUUUGUCAUUGCUACCCAAAUACCCAUAAGGUGGGCCAGGUUAAGAGCCCGCAGUCAGUAGUUUAAAGAACUUCUGAUUUACAUAUUUAAAUGCUGAACUCCUCCCUUUCCACACAGACCUAAAGGAUCAGACUGUGGCAUUGUUAAUGUCAAUAUUCCAACCAGUGGAGCUGAAAUUGGUGGAGCUUUUGGUGAGUUUUUGUUCUUGCUAACCAUUAUAAAUGAUAUCAGACACUGGAAAAAUCUUCUGCCCAUUGCAAAUAGAUAAAGUGUGACCAGCAAAAUUAUUACAUGUGUCCUGCAUCUACUAGCUUGUAAUUGUUAUUUUGAAAUGUUGAAUGAACAGGUGGAGAGAAACAUACGGGAGGUGGCAGAGAAUCUGGCAGCGACUCAUGGAAGCAAUAUAUGAGGCGUUCAACUUGGUAAGUACAAUUUUUUUUGUUUUUAUGAAGCUCUGGCUGGCUGUGAUUUAAAAUUGGAAACAUAAUAAAUGAAGGACUCUGUUCAAGCUGUGUGAAGGAAAUAGUGGAACAAGCUGUGUGGAAGCUUGAAAUGAAAAGACAGGACAAUUAAAUGAGAACCUUUCAGACUUAAAAGCCUUCUUGAGCAGACAGGACAAAACAGGAAACAAUAAAGAAACUUAAGUGUCUGGAGUUGGCCUUGUGCAAUGGAAAUGUCAUUUCUUUGCAAGCGUCAACAUACCUUGCGCCACGGUUUCAUUUAAAUUAGUGUCAUCAUUUGAUCACCUUCUAAUUAUUUCCUUCAAUGAAUUUUAGGAUCUUCCCCUAUAAAUGUAAUAACUGUCAGAACCAUCUAUCAAUACACAUUUGAAAUAAUAAAAUCUUAGCUUGAACUUAUUCGUAUAAACAUAAUGAGCAUUGGUAUGUAUUGAAUUAAUACUAUUCUUUGACUGUCUCCAGCACCAUCAACUUCAGCAAGGAGCUCCCCUUGGCUCAGGGCAUCAAGUUUGAGUGAAUUCCAAGUUUACCAUUUAUUAUAAAAAUUUUUGAGAAAGUGUGAAAUGUGUGGAUUGUUACUUUACCUGUAACCAAUUUCCAUUAUUGUGUGAUUAUCUCUUACUUUGACGAUACAAUUGAUUGUAAUGAUUAGCUGGUUAGACUGUAACCGCAUAUGUUGGUUAGAAAAAGUUUGUGAGCAAUCUUCUUGUUACCUCUACAAAUCCUAGUCAAGGCUUGUGAAUAAGCCGAUAUUUUACACUCAGAUCUUUUCAUUUUAUAACGUUCAAUGAAAAUGCAUUGUUCAAAAUUGUUUCAUACAGUCUAGACAGUAUUAUUUCUCUUUAUAGCAGUGGUGUCCAACAAUUUUUGGAACGGAAACGUCAGUUCUGUCAUGCUAAGAAUCACUUUAUACAGCAUGAAAUUAUUUUAAAAUACAUUUUCCCCAAUGGAGUAUUUGGAUCUUAUACAUGGAACUCAAGAACCUGUGCUGGUUUCUGCACUGAAAAAUAUUGGAACCCAUUGUUUUAUGAGGAAAAUAAUAAAAAUUCAAUGUUUUUUUUUUUUAAUUAGUCUUUCAAUCUCAGAAUCUCAUAAACUUGUGAAAGUGUUAUGUUGUGUUAAUUUAACUGACCAAUAUGUGUCUUACCUCAUUGGUGCGUGUAUAAAUGUGAAUCAAUCUUUUUUUCCCCUUUGAUAGAGAAUCUUACAGAUAUAAUGCAUUUUACAGUUUAAAAUUAAAGUUAUUACAUAAGAGCUAUUUAAUUUUUGUCACUAUUCCAAUCUACAAGAAAUCUAUUUCAACAUUGACUGCAAGUUUUUUUGGUAAACUUUUAUUUUUGGGCAUCAUUUGGUUUCUUAUUUUUCACUGUAGAGCUAAUUUUGUGUGCUCAAGUUCAAUCUGCAUUUAUUGCUGUUUAGAAGAUAUCUCAUGAUACUUGGUUUUUGGAAAAACUUACACAGUAUUGUAUUUUAUCAGGGAUGCCUGUGGUUGCAUAAAAAAUAAAGAUAUUAGAUAUAACUUAAGUCAUUUUUUAAUUUAUUUUAAUGUAUUUCAUGUAACAUUUGUACGCGUGUUGCCAAUCAUUGUGACUAUUUCGCAAUUUAAAAAAAAGAUAAUAAUA